AUGGCUUUACAAGAUAUUAGAAUUCUGGUUGCAAUAGACUUUGGAACCACCUAUUCUGGUUUUGCGUAUGUCCAUAAAGAAACCCCUGAAAGCGUUGUUGUAAACAGUUCUUGGCCAGAACGAGAAGGUAUUUUUAAAACACCUACAGCAUUGCAAUACGAUGAGGGAUAUAAUAAUGUGACAAAUUGGGGAGAUUCGGCAUUGGAAGAGGAACCUGAUGAAGAAUUUGAUGAUCCAGAAGAACAACGUCCACGUCCUGUGGAAUUAUUUAAGUUACAUUUAUCGGAUUUACAAGAGCAUGAAAAACCUUGGUUACCCCCUCAAUUGAGUCAUAUUAAAGCCAUUGAAGAUUAUUUAACUCAAAUGAGGAAACUAAUCAAAAAAACUCUUGAGAUACGACGGCCUACUUUAAGAUUCCCUCAUCAAGUUAAUUUUGUAUUUACAAUUCCAGCCGAGUGGCCUCCGAAUACAACAAGAAUCAUGAGGCAAUGUGCAUAUAACGCAGGAUUAUUGACCAACUUUAAUUCAAAGAAUAUCGAAUUUACUACUGAAC